AUGGCAUGCACUGGCUUUCGACCUUCCCUCCACCGCCUCGUUCGUGAUGCCGGCUACUCACGCGAAAUCCCUUCAUUUCUUGUCCCUGCAGUCUCUCAACGCUGGACCUCAAGAAACAACUCGACCGUCGCCCAUGUCCAACAAUCACGAAUUGGCAGAUCACCCAUCAACAUCCCACCCGAGGUCUCGUUAAGAUUCUACGAUUUGCCCAAGGGAAGCACGCGGAGUAGGAAACCAGACACGCCCAGUUCAGCGCUCGAAGUUACCGGGCCUUUGGGACAAAUGACUGUACCGCUACCCCCCUACCUGAAAGCCGAAUACGAUGAAGAUGCCAGGAAGAUCAAUGUCAGUGUAAAUGAUGCGACAGAAAAACAUCAACGAGCAAUGUGGGGCACUAUGCGGGCACUCCUGCAAAACUCCGUCUCCGGCGUCUCAGAAGGACAUGUGUGUAUCCUGCGCAUGGUGGGCGUCGGAUACCGAGCGACGGUCGAAGAUUCGGCCGUAACCAAGCAGCCAGAAUACCCGGGGCAGAAGUUCGUGAACUUGAAGCUGGGAUACUCGCAUCCUAUCGAGAUGGGGGUGCCCAAGGGCGUCAAAGCCAGCGUACCUUUGCCCACGCGUAUCUUGCUGGAAGGCUGUGAUAAGCAAACCAUUAAGCACUUUGCGGCCGAGUUGCGCAAGUGGAGGAAGCCGGAGCCGUACAAGGGGAAGGGAAUCUUUGUCAAUGACGAGACUAUUCGGCUCAAGGCUAAGAAGAUUAAGUAG